CUGGAUUUUGCCCUUUUUCAAAUAUUCCAAUUCAAGAGACAUUGAAAUCAAAGAUGUUUACAACACCAUCGAAUCUGACAAAGCCGGACCUUCAGCAGAUCGCUUGGAGAGAGCAUGGGAAGACGAAAUGGAAAGAGCAAAAAAAAGCAAUGUGAGACCAAGCCUCAGUCGAGCAAUUUUUAAAACUUUCUGGAAAUCAUAUGCAGUAUAUGGGUUGUUGAUAUUUUUUCAUGUAAUUGUAUUGAGAAAUCUCCAGCCCAUUCUGAUAUCAGAAUAUAUCAGAUACCAUACAACAAGAGAAGAAUUCUAUAACAUAGGACUGUGGCGGAUAAACUAUGAAUACGCUGGUUGGAUACUUGGGACAAGCGUAGUUAUACCUGCUUUCAUGAGCUCGACUAUAUUCAAUUUUUCGCUUUUCUCCUGUUCUAGAGUGGGAUCCAGGGUCAAAGUAGCUUGCUGUUCAUUGAUUUAUAGGAAAAUGCUCAGGCUGAGUCGAACUUCAUUGGGACAGACAGCAGCUGGCCAGGUGGUGAACUUGCUAUCAAAUGAUUCCGAGAGAAUUUUGUGGGCAGCUUUAUUUCUUCACUAUAUUUGGAUCAUGCCUAUAUCAUUCGUAGUAUCUUUUUACGUAAUAAUAGAUAGAGCGGGAGUUGCUUCCAUAAUUGUUAUGGUAUUAAUAUCAGUACAGGCUAUUCCACUUCAAGGGUAUUUUUCUAAGUUACAAGGAAAAUUAAGGAUGGAGACAGCACAAAAAACGGACUCCAGAGUAAAAAUGAUGAACGAAAUUGUUUCUGGUAUUCAGGCUAUUAAAAUGUAUGCAUGGGAAAAACCAUUCGCGAAAAUGGUGGAGAUAUCAAGAAUAAACGAAGUUAAAUAUAUUAGAAAAGGUUUAUAUAUCAAAGGAACCAUAUCAACCGUUUCAAGUAUCAUAGGUCGUUUGAACCUAUAUCUCACCAUCAUGAUAAACUUGCUCAUAGGAAUUCGACCCACCAGUGACGUAGUUUAUUUCCUAAUCCAAAUGAUAAACUCCAUCCAGAUGUAUAUGUGCGUAAUGUUUCCAAUGGCUCUCGGUGUGUACUCAGAAUCUAAGGUGACAAUGAAGAGAUAUGAAGAUUUUUUGCUCCUGGAAGAAAAUGUUGCAUCAACCACAGAAAAUAUAACAGAUAACGAAAAAACAGGAAUAAUAUCAAUUGAGAAUGCUAGCGCGAGUUGGUUGCCAGAUCCAGGAAAUGAUACACUAAUGGAUUUAAACUUGAAAAUCAAACCAGGUAGCCUGUGUUGUAUUGCAGGGAAUAUUGGUUCUGGAAAGAGUUCUCUCCUACAGAUGAUACUCAAAGAAUUGCCUUUGAAAAGUGGAAAUAUGGACUUGAAAGGACGAAUAUCGUAUGCUUCCCAGGAACCAUGGAUAUUCGUAUCAAAUAUCAGAAAUAACAUAUUAUUUGGACAAACGUUUCAGGAAAAACGGUACAAUGACGUGAUAAAUGCGUGUGCUUUGUCAGAAGAUUUGGCACAAUUUCCAUAUGGAGACAAAACUAUAGUUGGGGAGAGAGGAACAUCCCUAAGUGGAGGACAAAGGGCCAGAAUUAGUUUAGCUCGAGCCGUAUACGCUGAGGCAGAUAUAUAUUUAUUUGAUGAUCCGAUAUCAGCCGUGGAUACACAUGUCGGUAAAAAACUUUUUGAAAAUUGUAUCAAAAAGUUUUUGGAUGGAAAAACGCGAUUAUUGGUUACUCACCAGAUCCAGUUUUUGGAACAAGCGGAUGUGAUCAUCGUUCUUAAUAAUGGCAAAGUGGAAACCAUCGGUACGUUUCAUGAAUUGUCAGACAAUAUUAUCGAUCAUAUUCAAGAACAAGGUACACAAAAGAAUAAUGAAACAGCAGAAGAAGGGCUGGAGAGAAAAAGACUGAACUCCACUGGAUCUAUCGAGAAGUUAUCGAAAGAAAAAAACGAAGAGAAUGAGCCAGAGGAAACCCAAGAACUAAUAGAGAAAGGAAAGUUAUCUGGUAGUUUGUAUGUGAAAUAUUUCAGAAGCGGAUCUCAUAUACUGCUGUUGAUAUCACUGUUCUUUUUCGUCAUUGUCUUACAAGCAUUCAUUACAGGUUAUGAAAUAUUUCUCAGUUACUGGGCAAAUCUAGAACAAAUGAGUGUUCAAUCACAGUUCAAUUCAUCUGCCUCACCAACAACAGAAGGAACAGAUUUUACGGAAAGUUUUGUAAACAACACAUCUGCAAAUGUAACGUAUGAUUCUCAAGAAUUUCCACCAGUACAUUGGAACUGCGUGAUAAUUUACACCAUUUUGGUAAUAAUCCUCAGUAUUCUGGCUCCUGUAGUAUCUAUUUUAUUUUAUACUGUUUGCAUGAAAUCUUCAAAACAGAUACACAAUCAAAUGUUUGAUAAAGUAUUGAAGGCGCCAAUGAGAUUUUUCCAUAUGAAUCCUUCAGCUCGGGCUCCUGUUUAUUCACACGUAACAGCAACUUUGAAUGGAUUCACAACGAUCAGAUCAUCGAAAGCACAAAAUAUGGUCAUUCAAGAAUUCGACACCCUUCAAGAUCAAAAUACGAGUACUAUCUUUUUAUUCAAUGCAUAUAGCUCAGCAUUUGGGUUUUAUUUGGACUGCGUCAGUACCACAUUUCUGGGCUUGGUAAUUUAUCAAUUCAUGCUGGAUAUUGGUGAAUUCAACAGUGCACAAGUAGGUAUGGUCAUAACCAGCACCCUGGUUGUAAUGAAUUCGCUUCAAUUCUCUAUUAGACUUGCGGCUGAAGUAUCUUCCAAAAUGACAAGCGUAGAGCGGAUAUAUCAGUACAUAGACUUACCAACGGAAGAUGACCUGAGAAAACCCCCAACAAAGAAACCUGUCAAUUGGCCAAGUUAUGGCAGAAUAGUCUUCAAAAAUACAUAUUUGAAGUACGCACCUGAAGAAACACCAGUAUUGAAAAAUUUGAACUUGGUGAUUGAAGCCGGGGAAAAAGUCGGUAUAGUGGGUAGAACCGGAGCAGGAAAAUCCUCUCUCAUACUCUCUUUAUUCAGAAUGGCGUUGAUAGAAGGCACCAUCAAAAUAGAUGAUGUCGAUACAUCGGAUGUGAGUUUGGAGGAUUUAAGAUCAAACAUAUCUGUUAUCCCGCAAGAGCCCACAUUAUUUUCGUCUACCAUACGACAGAAUUUGGAUCCUUUCGAAAAAGCAAGUGACGAAGACAUUUGGAAAGCGUUGGAUGAUGUGAGAUGAUGUUGGACCACUUUCUCCAAUNACCAAAAAGUUGAUGAAGGUGGUACCAACUUCAGUGCGGGCCAAAGACAAUUGAUAUGUUUAUCGAGGGCUAUUUUGAGAAACAAUAAAAUUUUAGUAAUGGACGAAGCUACUGCUAAUGUCGAUGCUCACACUGACUCGUUAGUACAAAAAACAAUUAGAAAAAAUUUCAAAAACUAUACCGUACUGAUCAUUGCACACAGACUGAACACUAUCAUGGACUGUGACAAAAUUCUGGUAAUGGAUUUUGGAGAAGUAAUGGAAUAUGCACCUCCUCAUCAAUUAUUGCAGAACCCAACUGGAUACUUUACAAAAAUGGUAGAAGAAACUGGGCCAUUGAUGUCGGCCCAUCUCAAAGAAAUUGUUGAAAAGACGUAUCAUGAGAAGAAAGAAGUUAUCUGAUUAUUUCCAUAGAAUGGAUAUUAUUCUGGAUUUUUAUCGUUUGACGAUUUCGUUAAGUUUUGAUUUCUAAUAUUUCACGAAAUAUUUUAUUGUAUGUCUGGGCCUAGUGAUAAUUUUAAAAAAUAUGGAGUCUUUGAACACCUUUUGUACAAAUGAAAGACAUUAUAUUCAUUUUUAUCUUUUA